AUGUUUGGCCUUGUGACUGGUAUGAACUCAUUAGAUUUUGGUGAACAGGUAAAAUUGGAUUUUGGUAAACAGGUAAAAUUGGAUUUUGGUAAACAGGUAAAAUUGGAUUUUGUUAAACAGGUAAAAUUAGAUUUUGGUAAACAGGUAAAAUGGGAUUUUGGUAAACAGGUAAAAUUAGAUUUUGGUAAACAGGUAAAAUGGGAUUUUGGUAAACAGGUAAAAUUAGAUUUUGGUAAACAGGUAAAAUUAGAUUUUGGUAAACAGGUAAAAUGGGAUUUUGGUAAACAGGUAAAAUUAGAUUUUGGUAAACAGGUAAAAUUAGAUUUUGGUAAACAGGUAAAAUGGGAUUUUGGUAAACAGGUAAAAUGGGAUUUUGGUAAACAGGUAAAAUUAGAUUUUGGUAAACAGGUAAAAUGGGAUUUUGGUAAACAGGUAAAAUUAGAUUUUGGUAAACAGGUAAAAUUAGAUUUUGGUAAAAAGGUAAAAUUAGAUUUUGGUAAACAGGUAAAAUUAGAUUUUGGUAAACAGGUAAAAUGGGAUUUUGGUAAACAGGUAAAAUUAGAUUUUGGUAAACAGGUAAAAUGGGAUUUUGGUAAACAGGUAAAAUUAGAUUUUGGUAAACAGGUAAAAUGGGAUUUUGGUAAACAGGUAAAAUUAGAUUUUGGUAAACAGGUAAAAUGGGAUUUUGGUAAACAGGUAAAAUUAGAUUUUGGUAAACAAGUAAAAUAA